AUGGGAAUUUGUAAAAGUAAAUUACGUCCACAUGAAUCAAAACUAUCUGUAGUCAGACGGUUUUCUAAACUGAACAUCCAUCAGUUUUAUCGUUUCACUUAAAUAUUAGGUAGUGGAUCAUUUGGAACGGUCAAACUUGCUUUCAGUUUGGAAUAAGAAAGGAAUGGUCUUUAAUCCAAAUGUUAUGCAGUGAAAUCAAUCGAUAAACGUCGUAUUGGCUAAAGAUUACAUUUAAUUCAAAGGGAAUUAGAGAUACUAGUGCAAUUAGAUCACCCAAAUAUAAUCAGAGUCUAUGAAACUUAUGAGGAUAUGAGAUACUAUCAUUUUGUGAUGGAAUAUUGUAGAGGAGGUGAGUUAUUUGAGAGAAUAGUCAGAAAGGGAGUUUUUUCAGAAAGGAAAUGCUCCAUUUUGAUGAAGCAGCUAUUCUCUGCAGUUCAUUAUAUGCACUAACAAGGAGUUACUCAUAGGGAUUUAAAACCUGAGAAUCUCAUGCUGGCUUCCCCUGAUGAUGACUUAGACAUUAGGAUCAUCGAUUUCGGUUUAAGUAAGAAAUACCCCCCUCCUUAAUCGGCAAAUCAAGGUAGAUCCUAAGUUAGAACUUAAACUAAAGUAGGAACUCCCAUAUAUGUUGCACCUGAAGUAUUGUAAGGGAAGUAUUCUUAAACAUGUGAUGAAUGGUCGUUGGGAUGCAUCAUGUACGUUUUGCUCUGUGGUGAACCACCUUUCUUUAGUAACAACCUCAAAGUUCUGGAAGAAAAGAUUUAAAAUAAGGACAUUCAGUUCAAUGAAAAUUCCUGGCAAAACAUCUCUAAAGAAGCCAAAAUGCUGGUUAUCAGGUUGCUCGAUAAAAAUCCGAAAAAACGUAUAACAUGUGCCCAAGCUUUGUCUAGUCCAUGGAUUUUAAAUUAAGCCUCUGCGCCUCCAAGCAGAAUGGAAUCGAUUCCCAAUAAUGAAUAAGAGAAUGAAAAAGCGAUUCAAUUGCUGAAGACUUAUGGGAACAUAUCAAAGCUGAAGAAAGAAACUUUAAAUAUUUUAUUAAAUUAGCUUAAUGAAACUCAAAUAUAAUCUCUAAGAUAAUAAUUUGAAGAGUUUGACAAAGACAAUAGCGGUACUAUCUCAGUUAAAGAAAUGACUCAAAUCAUGAAAAAAUUAGGCUUAAAUGAUACUGAAAAAGAGAUGUCAGAAUUAAUUAAAAAAUUGAAAUUCUCAAAUAAAAACGAUGGUAACUUAUAUGGAGAUUUAACCAUCCAUUAUUCCGAGUUUAUGAUGGCCUUAUUAAAUUAAUAGCAAUAUUUGAAUGAAGAAAGAUUGUGGGGUUUAUUUAAAUAAUUUGAUAUUGACAACAAAAAUUAUAUCACAAGCCUCGAUGUUAGACGAGCCUUUUAGAGAAGGGGCAAAUAACUGUCAACAGUGAAAGUAGAUACUAUGUUUAACGAAAUCAGACUAAACAGUUAAGACAAAAUAGACUUUUAAAGAUUCCAUGAUAUGAUGUUAGCUGAUUCUCUAAAAACUCAAGAUGAAGAUAUGCAAAUACCAAAUAUAAGCAAAAUGUCUACUAACAAUCCCUAAAAUUUGCCAUAUUUAAAUUAGCCAAUAGGAGACUUCAAUUUUGAUAUUUGA